GAAAGGUCUGUGAGACUCAGAAGAGGCCAGAGGAAAACUUCAGUAGCCACUCAGACCUUAUUACACGUGACACAAUCAGCUUGGAAGAGACACGCUACACAUGCAAUGAGUGCGGGAAAAGCUUCACUAGUAGCUCUGCCCUUAUCACACAUCAGAAAAUCCACAUGGGUGAGAAACCUUAUGGAUCCUCUGAGUGUGGGAAACGCUUCAUUGAUUGUUCAACCCUCAUCUCGCAUCAGCGAAUCCGCACAGGAGAAGAGCCCCAAACAUGCUCUGAGUGCGGGAAAAGCUUCAGUCGGAGCUCACACCUUAUCAGACAUCGGAGAAUCCACACAGGAGAGAUGCCCUACACAUGUUCUGAGUGCGGGAAAAGCUUCAGGUGGCGCGCACACCUUAUCACACAUAGGAGAAUCCACACAGGUGAGAAACCGUAUGGAUGCUCUGAGUGCGGUAAAAGGUUCAAUAAGCGCUCAAACCUUAUCACACAUCAAAGAAUCCACACAGGAGAGACGCCUUACACAUGCCCUGAGUGCGGGAACAGCUUCAAUCAGAGCUCUGCCCUGCACACACACAGGAGAAUCCACACAGGUGAGAAACCAUAUGGAUGCUCUGAGUGCGGGAAAAGCUUCAAUCACAACUCUUCCCUGAGCACACAUAGGAGAAUCCACACAGGAGAGAGGCCCUACACAUGCUCUGAGUGCGGGAACAGCUUCAAUCAGAGCUGUACCCUGAGCGCACACAGGAGAAUCCACACAGGAGAGACGCCCUACACAUGCUCUGAGUGCGGGAAAAGCUUCAGUCGGAGCUCAAACCUUAUCACACAUCAGAGAAUUCACACAGGAAAGACACCCUACACAUGCUCUGAGUGCGGGAAAAGCUUCAGGUGGUGCUCAAACCUUACCAGACAUCAGAGAAUCCACACGGGAGAGAAACCAUAUGGAUGGUCUGAGUGCGGGAAAAGCUUCAGUCGGAGCUCACACCUUAUCACACAUCAGAGAAUCCACGUGGGCAAGAACUGUAAUAAAUCCCUUGACUAG